UCAUAGCGCUAAACACACGCGUAAAUGUGUGAGUGUGUGACCGUGUAAAUCCACCGAAUCGGCGUGAUUUGAUUUAGUCAAUGGCCGACGCGCGCAUUGUUUACAUUUAUCCGUCAGAUUGAUACUUAUUAAUUAAAUUAUGCCGUCUUGUGUCGUUCCAACAUGCAAGCAUGCUACUGGGAUCACGAAGAAAUUGCAUGGGAUCACGUUUCAUACCUUUCCAGUUGACGAAGUAAGGAAAUCAGAAUGGACAAAAAUAAUUCGAAGAGCACGGCUAGAUGAUUUAUGGAAACCAUCGAAGAAAAGCCUAAUUUGCUCAAUUCACUUUGAGGAGCAAUAUUUGUAUGAGACGCCAGGUGGUUAUAAAAGACUAUACAAAAAAGCUGUUCCAAAUAGGAAGAUGAAUUUACCUCCAGAAACGUCAGAGACACCUGUUGGAAUAUCAGUACCUUUAGUGCUCAAAAGUGAACCUACAGGAUCAAAUACAGUGAUUGAUAAUGUAAAUAAUUUGGAUUUGGUCCCAGAAAAAUACAAUGCAUCUGUGGGAAUAUCUGGACUUUUGAUACCUAAGACUGAAUUUCAGGAUACACAGCCAGAAUUGCCUACGGGAUCCAAUUCAAGCAUUGGUGAUGUUUCUGUACUUGAAUCUCCAAGAGAAAUUAUACUUAAAGUACAAUUGCGCCGUAAACAAAUGUUUUGUAAGCGAUAUGUUCGAAAAAUAAAAACUUUACAACAAAAAAUCAAACGGCUUGCUAAAAGAAAUGAAUCUUUAAAAAGUAUCAUAAGGAAUUUAAAAAAUAACCGGUAAAAUUUAAAGUAAAAU